CGCGGCCGCCCUCCGGCGGCUGCUGGCGGGUCCCGGGGCUCGGUGCCAGCCCUCGCCGGGGCGGUGCCUCCCGCCCGUCCCCCGCCGGCCGCAGCGGGUUCCCGCAGCCGGCAGGAGGACACUGCGCCAUGUGGGUGUACGCGCUGCUCUUCCUCGCCUCCCUCGUCCUCCUUCCUCUCCUCUUCCUCGCCUGGCUCCUCCUGCACGCGGGCGACGGUCCCAGCCCCUUCGCUGCCGACUCCCGGCGCCCGCCAGCCCCGCUCGUCACCGACAAGGCGGUCCGCAGGACGGUCGUUAAGACAGUUUUCUCUCCAGACAAGGUCCCGGAGCAGCUCGAUGCCAUCGUGGUGGGCAGCGGCAUCGGGGGCCUGGCAGCUGCGGCGCUGCUGGCCAAGACGGGCAAGCGGGUGCUGGUGCUGGAGCAGCACGGGAAGCUGGGGGGCUGCUGCCACACCUUCUCCGAGAAGGGCUUUGAGUUCGACACCGGUAUCCACUAUGUGGGGCGGAUGCAGAAGGGCUCCACCCUGCGCUUCCUGGUGGACCAGCUGACGGAGGGGCAGCUGGAAUGGACCCAGCUCCCGCCUGUGUUCGACACCGUGGUCCUGGGGGAGCCCGGCAGCGCCAAGACCUAUCACCUCUAUUCCGGGCGGAAGGGCUAUUUCCAAGGCUUGAAGAAGCAGUUUCCCGGGGAGGCGGCUGCUAUCGAUGAGUUUGAGCGGCUGGUGAAGAGCGUCAUGAGAGGGGUCAUGCUGCUGGUCGUGCUGAAACUGGUGCCGCGGGCGCUGAGCACGCUGCUCUGCCGCUCGGGGCUGCUGCCCCGGCUCUGCUCCUUCUCCCGCCUGGCGUCGCGCAGCCUCAAGGAGGUGGUGACCAGUCUCACCUCCAACUGCGAGCUCAGGGCCAUCUUCAGCUACAUCUUCCCCACCUACGGCGUGGUGCCCUCCAAGGCCAGCUUCUCCCUGCAUGGCAUCCUGGUGGACCACUACCUCCAUGGCGCAUGGUAUCCCAAAGGUGGGGCUGGCGAAAUCGCCUUCCACACCAUUCCUGUUAUCCGGAAAGCUGGAGGCAACGUGUUUGGGAAGGCACCAGUGCAGAGGAUCCUGCUGAACUCCGAGGGCAAAGCCUGUGGUGUGAGCGUCAAGAAAGGUCAGGAUCUGGUGAACAUCUUCGCUCCCAUCAUCAUUUCGGAUGCCGGGGUCUUCAACACCUACGAACGGCUCCUGCCGGCGGAGGCGCGGGCAUUGCCCGAGAUCCAGUCCCAGCUCCGCAUGGUGAGACACGGUGAAGGGGGUUUCACCAUGUUCGUAGGUCUUAACGGCUCAAACGAAGAGCUGCGGCUGGAUCCCGGCAACUACUACAUAUACAAAGGACACGACCUGGAUGAAAUAAUGGAUCGCUACCUGUCUGCUUCCAGAGAAGAAGCUGCUAAGAACAUCCCUAUCGUGUUUCUCAGCUCCCCAUCAGCCAAGGACCCCACCUGGGAAAUGAGGCACCCAGGUAAAUCCACGUUGGUCGUCGUGACCUUCGCCAAAUACGAGUGGUUUGAGGAGUGGAAGGACAAGCAGGUCCAUAAGCGGGGAGAUGACUACGAGGAGCUGAAGCAGGCCUUUGUGGACACCAUCAUGCAGAGUGUCUUCAAGCUGUACCCUCAGAUCGAGGGCAGGAUCGAGUACAUCUCCAGCGGGACGCCCCUCACCAACCAGCACUACAUCGCCAGCCCCGCGGGCGAGUUCUAUGGCAUCAGCCACGACAUGGACCGUCUGCAGGCUGAAGCCUUGGCAAGCAUGAGGGCUCAGACACCAGUUCCCAACCUCUACCUGACAGGGCAGGAUCUGUGCUUGGGGGGCUUCGCGGGAGCCCUGCAAGGAGCCGUCAUCUGCGCCAGCACCAUCCUCAAGCGCAACCUCUACAUCGACAUGGCACGGCUGAAGAAGCGCACGGAGGCCGCCGAUGCCAAGAAGAGGGUCUGAGACCCCAGGGCCAGGACCCCCAUCCCGCCGAAUCAUCCCCAGUGCCACAUUCUCGCCUAUAGCACAUCCUUCUCUAUCGCCAGACCCCCAGGAUAACAGCCCAGGCAGGCGCUGGUCCUGUUUCCAGGCAGUUUGCUUUGCACUUUGAUCACCUCAAGCUCUCCUCCUUCCACCCUAAAACCCACCGUUAGUGAGAAGACACCAGCGCUGAUCUCUGCCACGCUCUGAAGGGCAAACGCCUCCGCCUGGUGCAGGGAGAACAGUCUCCAUGUACAGGUCAAGGCAACCCCAAACCCAGGCUGCACCAGACCCAACUGUUUCCACCAGCACUUGGUGGCUUGAACCCCACCAGUGUCCAAGAGCUGCUGGACCAUCGGAGGAGCAUCACCCGCCACCUGCAUCCCCCAGAGCCGCCGGGACAAGGGCAGCAUCCUUGGGGAUUUUUCCUCCUGUUCUGAUGCCAAGUUUAACUCAAAGGCUUUGGGAGGAGCUCACAGACAUGGUCCUUCAGGCAGGAACCAGCUCCUGCCUCACCGGGGUGGUGGAUUGAGCAAAUCCUCCCAUGCCAAGGCUGGGUGUGACGGGAUUUAAGGUGGGUUUAAAGCUAAAGAGCAACAGCGCAUGGUGCUCCCGGAGACGUGUCGAGGAGCAGGAUGCAGCCCCACGGCGUUGCCACCCGCCGUCGCCCAUGCAAACACUGACUCCAGGUCUGGGAAAAGCUUGGGAACAGGGUCAAAGCCCUCUCCAGAGAAAGCACAUGAGAUCAUGAAUUAAUAAAAUCAUCCUCUUGUGA